GGUGCAAUUUCCGAGUGGCCGCCAGAUGGCGGUGCAGGAGGGAGGCCGGCCCUUGCCCCUCUUGACAGAGACGCGCCAGCGAUAGCGGAAGCGGAAGCCGGCGCGCUACGGUGGCCGGGAGCCGUCGCGGUGUUCGCGGCGCGCGGGUGUCGCUGGGGGUCCCGGAGUAGCCCGGAGGGGCUCUGUGCCCGGCACCAUGGUGAAGGAGCAGUUCCGGGAGACGGAUGUGGCCAAGAAAAUAAGCCACAUCUGCUUUGGGAUGAAGUCGCCCGAGGAGAUGCGGCAGCAGGCCCACAUCCAGGUCGUGAGCAAGAACCUAUACAGCCAGGACAACCACCACGCGCCCCUGCUCUACGGCGUCCUGGACCACAGGAUGGGUACCAGUGAGAAGGACCAGCCUUGUGAAACGUGUGGCAAGAACCUGGCCGACUGCCUGGGCCACUACGGCUAUAUUGACCUGGAGCUCCCGUGUUUCCACGUGGGCUACUUCAGGGCGGUCAUCGGGGUCUUACAGAUGAUAUGUAAGACUUGCUGCCACAUCAUGCUGUCGCAGGAGGAGAGGAAGCAGUUCCUGGAUCACCUGAAGCGGCCCGGCCUCACCUACCUCCAGAAACGGGGGCUGAAGAAGAAAAUCUCCGACAAGUGCCGGAAGAAAACCAUCUGCCACCACUGCGGCGCCUUCAACGGUACUGUGAAAAAAUGUGGAUUGCUGAAGAUAAUUCACGAGAAAUACAAGAGCAACAAAAAAGUGGUGGACCCUAUUGUUUCCAGUUUCCUACAGUCCUUUGAAACAGCCAUCGAGCAUAACAAAGAGGUCGAGCCUCUGCUCGGGAGGGCACAGGAAAACCUGAACCCCUUAGUCGUGCUGAAUUUAUUCAAGCGCAUCCCGGCCGAGGACGUCCCUCUGCUGCUCAUGAACCCCGACGCGGGGAAGCCGUCCGACCUGAUCCUCACCCGGCUCCUCGUGCCCCCUCUGUGCAUCCGACCCUCUGUCGUGAGUGACCUGAAGUCAGGCACCAACGAAGACGACCUGACAAUGAAGCUCACGGAGAUCAUCUUCCUCAACGACGUCAUCAAGAAGCACCGGAUUUCGGGGGCAAAGACGCAGAUGAUCAUGGAAGACUGGGACUUCCUGCAGCUGCAGUGCGCACUCUACAUCAACAGCGAGCUCUCUGGCAUCCCCCUCAACAUGGCACCCAAGAAGUGGACCCGGGGCUUCGUGCAGCGCCUGAAGGGGAAGCAGGGGCGAUUUCGAGGCAACCUGUCGGGCAAGAGAGUGGACUUUUCUGGCAGAACCGUCAUCUCCCCUGACCCCAACCUGCGGAUUGAUGAGGUGGCAGUGCCUGUUCAUGUGGCCAAAAUUCUGACUUUUCCUGAGAAGGUCAACAAAGCAAACAUCCACUUCCUGAGGAAACUGGUCCGCAACGGCCCCGAAGUCCACCCUGGAGCCAAUUUCAUCCAGCAGAGACACACGCAGAUGAAAAGGUUUCUGAAGUAUGGGAAUAGGGAAAAGAUGGCUCAGGAGCUCAAGUUUGGAGACAUCGUGGAGAGGCACCUCAUCGAUGGGGACGUGGUGCUGUUCAAUCGUCAGCCGUCGCUGCACAAACUGAGCAUCAUGGCGCACCUGGCCAGAGUCAAGCCCCACCGGACCUUCAGAUUUAACGAGUGCGUCUGCACCCCCUAUAAUGCAGACUUCGAUGGCGACGAGAUGAACCUUCACCUUCCCCAGACAGAAGAAGCCAAAGCAGAGGCCCUUGUCCUGAUGGGGACAAAAGCAAACCUUGUCACCCCAAGGAAUGGAGAGCCGCUGAUCGCUGCGAUUCAGGAUUUCCUGACAGGUGCCUAUCUCCUCACUCUGAAGGACACUUUCUUUGACCGAGCCAAGGCUUGUCAAAUCAUUGCUUCAAUAUUGGUUGGCAAGGAUGAGAAAAUCAAAGUCCGCCUCCCACCUCCAACGAUACUAAAGCCUGUCACCCUGUGGACGGGAAAGCAGAUCUUCAGUGUCAUCCUCAGACCCAGUGAUGACAACCCGGUGAGGGCCAACCUCCGGACCAAGGGCAAGCAGUACAGCGGCAAAGGAGAGGACCUCUGCGUCAAUGACUCUUACGUGACCAUCCAGAACAGCGAGCUGAUGAGCGGCAGCAUGGACAAGGGGACUCUGGGUUCUGGCUCCAAGAACAAUAUCUUCUACAUCUUGCUUCGAGACUGGGGCCAGAACGAAGCUGCAGACGCCAUGUCCCGGCUGGCCCGGCUGGCACCCGUGUACCUCUCUAACCGUGGAUUCUCCAUCGGGAUCGGCGACGUCACCCCUGGCCAAGGGCUGCUGAAGGCCAAGUACGAGCUGCUGAAUGCUGGCUACAAGAAAUGCGACGAGUACAUCGAAGCCCUCAACACCGGCAAGCUCCAGCAGCAGCCCGGCUGCACGGCUGAGGAGACCCUGGAGGCUUUGAUCCUGAAGGAGCUGUCUGUGAUCCGUGACCACGCGGGCAGCGCCUGCCUCCGGGAGCUGGACAAGAGCAACAGCCCGCUCACCAUGGCGCUCUGCGGCUCCAAAGGUUCCUUCAUUAACAUCUCCCAGAUGAUCGCCUGUGUGGGGCAGCAGGCCAUCAGUGGCUCCCGCGUGCCAGACGGCUUCGAGAACAGGUCCCUCCCUCACUUUGAGAAGCACUCCAAGCUCCCAGCUGCCAAAGGCUUUGUGGCUAAUAGCUUUUAUUCCGGUUUGACACCAACUGAGUUUUUCUUCCACACAAUGGCUGGUCGGGAAGGUCUAGUGGACACAGCUGUCAAGACUGCCGAAACAGGCUACAUGCAGAGGAGGCUGGUCAAGUCCCUGGAGGAUCUCUGCUCACAGUAUGACCUGACAGUUCGCAGCUCCACAGGGGACAUCAUCCAGUUCAUCUACGGAGGGGAUGGCUUAGACCCGGCAGCCAUGGAGGGGAAGGACGAGCCCCUGGAGUUCAGAAGGGUUCUGGACAACAUUCGAGCAGUCUUUCCAUGCCGGAGCGAGCCCGCACUCAGUAAGAACGAGCUGACACUCACCACCGAGUCCAUCAUGAGCAAGAGCGACUUCCUGUGCUGCCAGGAGAGCUUCCUGCAGGAGAUUAAGAAUUUCAUUAAGGGGGUCUCUGAGAAGAUCAAGAAGACCAGAGACAAGUAUGGCAUCAAUGACAGCGGCACAACUGAGCCCCGAGUGCUGUACCAGUUGGACCGGAUCACCCCCACCCAAAUAGAGAAGUUUCUGGAGACCUGCAGAGACAAGUACAUGAGGGCCCAGAUGGAGCCGGGUUCUGCAGUGGGGGCCCUCUGCGCCCAGAGCAUCGGUGAGCCGGGCACGCAGAUGACCCUGAAGACCUUCCACUUCGCAGGCGUGGCCUCCAUGAACAUCACGCUGGGGGUGCCCCGCAUCAAGGAGAUCAUCAACGCUUCCAAAGCCAUCAGCACACCCAUCAUCACUGCCCAGCUGGACAAGGACGACGACGCCGACUACGCGCGCCUGGUGAAGGGGAGAAUCGAGAAGACCCUCCUCGGGGAGAUUUCAGAGUACAUUGAAGAAGUGUUUCUUCCUGACGACUGCUUCAUCCUUGUCAAGCUCUCCCUGGAGCGGAUCAGACUGCUGAGGCUGGAGGUGAACGCCGAGACGGUGCGCUACUCCAUUUGCAUGUCCAAGCUGCGGGUGAAGCCGGGCGACGUGGCCGUCCAUGGGGAGGCCGUGGUGUGCGUGACCCCCAGGGAGAACAGCAAGAGCUCCAUGUACUACGUGCUGCAGUUCCUGAAGGAAGAUCUCCCCAAGGUGGUGGUGCAGGGGAUCCCCGAGGUGUCCCGGGCCGUCAUCCACAUCGAUGAGCAGAGCGGGAAGGAGAAGUACAAGCUCCUGGUGGAGGGCGACAACCUGCGGGCCGUCAUGGCCACCCACGGCGUGAAGGGCACCCGCACCACCUCCAACAACACCUACGAGGUGGAGAAGACCCUGGGCAUCGAGGCCGCCCGCACCACCAUCAUCAACGAGAUCCAGUACACAAUGGUCAACCACGGCAUGAGCAUCGACAGGAGGCACGUGAUGCUGCUCUCGGACCUGAUGACCUACAAGGGUGAAGUCCUGGGCAUCACACGCUUCGGCCUGGCCAAGAUGAAGGAGAGUGUGCUGAUGCUGGCGUCCUUCGAGAAGACUGCCGACCACCUCUUCGAUGCUGCCUACUUUGGGCAGAAGGACUCCGUGUGCGGGGUGUCCGAGUGCAUCAUCAUGGGGAUCCCCAUGAACAUCGGAACCGGGCUCUUCAAGCUGCUGCACAAGGCCAACAGGGACCCGAAUCCCCCACGGAGGCCCCUCAUCUUCGACACAAACGAAUUCCACAUCCCCCUGGUCACGUAGUCCAGGAGGACACGAUCCCUGCCUCGGCUCCUUCCCCACCUGGAACGGGCCCCAGGCCAGCUGUUGGGAUUGGGGGCCUUGUGUCCAGCAUGCUGGGGAGAACCGGGGGCACAUCUGGUUCUGGCUCUGCACUUGCUGCCGCCCUCCCUGACUUGGCAGAGGCCUGGCCACCUUUUGCCCUUUGCGCGGUGCGGCUGGCUGAGCUGGGCCGCCCUGCAGUCUCGUCUGCAGAAGCACCCCCACCCAUGACCUCCUCACAGCCGUCGCCGGUGGGGACCUUCCUGCAGGGCACUUGCAGGGCGUCUCCACACACACUAACCCCCAGGCUGGCUGUGGCCGUGUCCAGAUUCCCCAGGCUAACCAGGGCCUGGAGCAUGGCAGGGUGGGCCCGAGGGGACGGAGACCCUGCGAGUGGCCAGGUCCUGUGUGACAGCACCGCCAGUGGCGCUGCGUCGGGGCAGACGCGGCCCUGGGAGCUCUCCCCGGCAGUGGCUUGGGUGAAUAAGAGAAAUGCCGUGGGCAGGUGUGGGGGAGGCUCUGGCCCCGCGCUCGGGCUGUGGUGCCAGGUAUCGAACCUAGGUGGGCCACGUGUAAGACAAGCGUGUGCCAGCCCAUUUUGUUGGGUUUUUAAUUUUGUCUUGAUGUUGGGAGACAGUGAAUGUGGCUGUUUCUCAGGUUACACUGACAUUCUUUGAACUUCCUUGCCGUGUCCCGGUUCUGAGUUCAUGCUGCUAAGGUGCUCAGUGUAGCUGUUUGUUCUUGGGUGGGGGCGGCGGGUGGUAUUGUUGGGCAACCUUGUCCCCAGGCAGCCGAUCCCUGCAUCUCUGCGAGCCCCAAGCUGCUCCCCAUCCCGACGGGACCCCGAGUAAGCCCAGUGCCUGCCUGGCCACUGAGGCCAGUGCUCGGGUCGAGAACGUCUUCAGUUCAUCCAGGAGCAGCCAGAGAUUGUGCGGGGGGGCGGGUAAGGCACUUGCCUGGCAUAGGGCCAAGCCACGUUCAGUCCCUGUCACCACAUGGUCCCACCAGGGCGACCUGAAAACAAGAUUGUCAUCUGGUUGUGUGGCCUCCCUGCAGCCAUGUUGGUGCACGGUGACGGAGCCACUGCUCCACGCUUAGCCUGCCGCCUUCACUUUCUCACUGCCCAGCCUGGUUGGGGACAGGCUGGGGUCCAGUGACAUCCUUCGGCAGUGUUGCCACUGGACAGCACCACAGUGCCCUUGGAGCUGUGCCCGUGGCCAGAGUUCACCCCCUGCUGCAGCCAGUGCAUUGGACACCAGGCCCGUGGGGCGCCCGCCCAGAGUGGGCCCAGGAGGGACGGGACGUGGCUCUUGCCUGUGGGGAAGAAAUAAAACUUGAAAGUCC